CAGCAAGGCCUUCAAUGAAUCCUGGCCAUGGCGUCGCUGUUGCCCGCUUUAGAGGCCAAGGACGGGGAGCUCCUGCGGCCGGCGCUCGCCAAGCUGCUGAAGGCAGAGUUGGGACAAAUCGAACUGCACCAAACCGCCGGUGAGCGAUUUACCGGCGGCAAGUCGACACCCGUCUGGAAGCUGAGCUUCGUGGCAAAGCGAGGUGAGAAAGAAAAGGAGACGCGGCUGGUGGCCAAGUGGGUUAAGCCCACCACGGAUCUGCGGCGCAGCUACGUCGAGAAGCAGUUCUACUUGUCCGCAGCCCCACGGGUGAGGAAGUUCUGCCGGCUGCCGCACAUGCUGAUGUGUGAGGAGAACCCUGAGAGCAUUUGCUUUCUUUUCGACGACCUCACCGUGGACUUCCCCUUGCACCCGGAGAACCUGGAGGCGGCGCACGCCCGCGCCAGUCUCACCUGGCUGGCACGCUUCCACGCGUACUUCUGGGAAGCGGACGCUGCAGGUGGAUCCUUUCCCGCCGGCAUGUCCGGUGCGGACUACUGGGGGUUGUCACUUUACUGGGCGUUGCCCACUCGCGCAUGGAGCAGUGGGUCGGAGGAGAUUUCGCUGAACAAAGGCGAGAACGAGGAGCGCCUUUCUUCAGUUGCCACGGCUUUGACCGCCAGCAGCAAAACUCUCAAGGCGCACGGCGCCUGGGAGAUUGCCAAAACUUUGGGGCCCAGGCUCAGCGCCGCAGCGCGACCGCUGGACGCCGCGCUGCGAAAGGGCCGGGGCUUUGUGCGAAACCGAAGCCUGCUUCACGGGGACUUCAAGACCGCCAACUUCUUUCUGCGCGAGGCGGAGGGCGGCUUCGAGGCGGCGGCGCUGGACUUCGAGUUCUCCGGGCCGGGCUUCGUGGCGGUGGACCUCGCGAACUUUUUGUUCCCGGACCUGCGGAUGGAUCUCUUGGCCGUGGAGAGGGAGCUGCUAGAGUUCUACCACGCGCAACUGAUGAACUCCUUCGAUGAGUUUGCCACCGGCGGUGACUUUCCCUUGACCACGCUGUUGGCCCACUAUGCCCUGGCACGCUGUGACUACAUGCGCUACAUGCUGGGCCGAGGAUGGACUGCCUGCAGUGCGGGGGAUGCCCGCAUCGUGGAAGCUGUGGACAGGGACUUGCAGCGCCUGGAUGGGGGCCAAGCUCUUUCCAGCGAAGGAUAUGAACGCGCCAUCUCUGAACUCCUGGCAAGCAGCUGACA